CCUGAUUAGGCAGGCAGGCUAGCUAGUCUCUGGCUGGCCAUGCAGUCCGUCAGUCAGUUCAUCGGACAUGAUGGUUCUCUGCAAAUUUGAAAGGCCAGCCAGGGGUGGUGGCGCAUAACCAUGAAAAAUCGGAUGAUAUGCAGGACAAAGCUCAAACAGGCAAUGAUCUCGAGUGGGCGAGGGAAGGACUGGAAGCGAGGGGUGGAAAAAAAAUGCGAGAGGAACUGUUUUUCGCCACGAGGGAAAAGUGGAAAUUUGGCUCGAGGGAGGAAAGAAAAAACAUUCCGCACUCACCGGCAGGGCCCGACCUUCUUGGCGUUCCAAACUGCAGCCGGGUUUUGCUCCCCCCAGCAAGCCAAUCAACGUCUUUCCCACUUGUCUCAGGUCAUGCUUGGUGCUGCUUGUCAUAUCAACAUUUUGCUUUCAGCCUGGGGUUACAUCGGCAUCUCCCCUGCCUCGGCCGUCGCCAUUUGCCUUCCUUUCCACCCUUCGAUGGGGUCUCUCCUCUAUCUAUCUAGCGGCCAUUGGUUCGGGGACAGGAUGGGUCCGCUUCGGUUACUGUUCCUAUAUCGUCGACCGUCGAGGGAGAUAUAAGGUGAGGGCCGUUUCCCUCCUCAACGCUGGUCUUUCUGUCUCCUUUCCUGUGGAAAUCUUCCCUACUGCGACCGUUCCUGUCGGACCAAUUCCCUUGCCUGGUCUCUGCCACCAUGUCUUCCGGAGAUCGCGAGGCUGAUAUUGCUCAGUAUGUGCUCCUUUUCUUUCUUAUU